UGACGUAUAAUCUUGUGGAACGCUUCUUCAACAACUGCAGCCACCUCAGUAGCUCGCUGGACAACGAAGUAGGAAAAUUCAAGUUCUUUAGACAAUUCCGUGGUUUAUUUGUCACUAUGGUUUAAACAUACGUAUGUGUAAACAACUAGCUACCUCAUUUAAUUUAAUAUUUACGUUAUAAGCCAGCUAGCUGGCUGGUUAAGUUAGCACUAGUCUAGUCGCUAAUGCUAACAAGCUAUUAUCCCCGACCAUGAGUUCACUACGCUACUCUCCUCCUGUUAAAGAAAAGGUCUGCUGGACGGAGAAGGAAGCUCUCGUCAAGGAGGAGGAGGAAGAGAUGGAUGUUACAAUACAAAAACAAGUAGAGGGUGAGGCUGUUACAGUGAAAGAAGAAGAGAAAGCCGUUACAGUGAAAGAAGAGGAAGAGAAAGAGGAGGCUGUUACAGUAAAAGAAGAGGAGGAAGAGAAGGACGCCUUCAGAGUGAAAGAGGAGGAGGAAGAUGCCGUUUUGGGAGUGGAGGAUGAAGAGGGGGAGAUUACUGUCACAUUGGAGGAGGACGAAGAAGAGAAGACUGGAGAACUGAUUAACACCAGUAAAUACAACAACUGUCAACUAGAAGGAGUGAGUGAUGUCAUAGUAAGGCCUUAAAGGAGUUGGCUUGAUGGGAAGUCGUGAUGUCAUCCAAUAGGAGAGAGACAUGACUAUCGUGGAUCCUCUGGGGAGCCUCAACAACAUCAUGAAGCUGACAAGGCAGAGAAGACUCUCUCCGGAUCAGAACUCCUCAAGAAACACCAGCAGAAACCCACAGAGAAGAAAUCUAUCUUCUGCUCUGACUGUGGGAAACAUUGCAAAUCUUCAUCAAAACUUAAAAUACACCAGCGAGUACACACAGGAGAGAAACCUUAUAGUUGUGAUCAGUGUGGCAAGAGUUUUAUUAAGUCGAACAACCUGGUAUCACACCAGAGAACACACACAGGAGAGCAACCAUAUAGCUGUAAGCAAUGUGGGAGGAGUUUUUCUCAGUCAAACAGCCUGGAUAGACACCAACGAACACACACAGGAGAGAAGCCUUAUAGGUGUGAUCAAUGUGGGAAGAGUUUUACUCGGUCAAGCUCCCUGAAAUUACACCAGAAACUACACACAAGAGAGCAGUCAUAUAGCUGAGAGCAAUGUGACAAGAGAUACUCUCAUUCAAGUGGUCUGAUUAAACAUCAGAAAAUACAUGCAGGAGAUCCACAGAGUGGAAUGAUCUCCGACACCAGACCUGGGUAGUAGAACACAGAGUGUAGAAUGACCAACACCAGACCUAUAUACAUCAAAUUACAUUUUAUUUGUCACAUACACUUGUUUAGCAGAUGUUAUUGCGGGGGUAGCAAAAUGCUUGUGUUUCUAGCUCCAACAGUCCAGUAAUAUCUAACAAGUAAUAUCUAACAAUACACAAUCUAAAGAAUGGAAUUAAGAAUAUAUAAAUAUUUGGAUGAGUGAUGUCAGAGCGGCAUAGACUAAGAUACAGUGGAAUAGGAUAGAAUACAGUAUGUACAUAUGAGAUGAGUAAUGCAUAGACUAAGAUACAGUUAGAAUAGGAUAGAAUACAGUAUAUUCAUAUGAGAUGAGUAAUGCCAGAUGUGUAAACCUUAUUAAAGUGACUCGUGUUCCAUUCCUUAAA